AUGCCCUACUACCCCUUCAAGCGCCCGUAUAGCUCCCUGUUAGGGCCGCCCAUCAUCCAAGCGACUCAUGACGACGGCUUGCCUUUGGAGCAGCGCGGCAAGCGGGUGAAGGGCGACAGGACACGUCAUAAUUCCUUUGACGAUAUUGACGAAAAUUCGGAUCCCGGUUACGAACUCCAGAAGGACUGGGUUGGCAUGGACUCCGAGCAAGAGUCAAGCCCCUGUAAGAAGGGGUCCCGCGUGAGCUUCGCGGAGUCGCCUUCUAUCGUGAUCUUCCGCGACGAGGAUAGCUCCCAGUUGACCGAACGGAGCAGUCAGUCUGAGUCUGGAGACAAGAGCCCGAAGAGCAAGAGAAAGAACAAGGAUGGAAAGCCAGCCGCGAACAUGGCUAAGACUAGAGUCGAUCCUGCCACUGUUUCCGGCUCAAAGGACGACCGCAGAGACUCUCCUAAGAUGUCCUUAGACUUUGAGAGCCCGCAUGUUUUUGUUCCGCCGAUCAAGUUUGAGUCCAAAAAGAUCAAACUUCCGAACUAUACGGUACGUAAGACCAAGGUUAAAGCAGAUGUGACUGGGGACACCCCCACAGAGUCUUCGCCUGUCUGGAGUGAUGUUAUUUCUUCCUCCGGAAAGCCAGACAAAAAAAAGAAAAAGAAGCACAAGAAGAGAAAGGACACAUCUGAGACCCCCGAGACUCGAAAGCUCGAAACCACUACCGCCGUUAGCCCUGAGCCAGUCGUCGAGCGCGCUUCCUCUCCGCUCAUCUCUGAGACCUCACCAGCCGACGCCAAAACCCUUAAGUCAAUAAACAAGCGCCUCAAGUCCAUCGAAGCCCGUCUGCAUGUCCUCACCUCAGCUUCCGCAAUUACUGUCUCCUCCGGAACCGAAGAACCCGACAAACAACGCCUCAUCCUCCACCCCACCUUCACAGCCUCGGAACUGCAAUCUCUCCGCGUCGAAGUCAGCCAUCUCAAAUCCCGCAUCGAAGCAAAUGCCAUACGUUCAGCAGUCCGCCACGAAAUCCUCUUCACGGCACUCACCAAAGUCUCGGCCGAUGUCAACAAGCUCUCUGCAACAGUCGCCUCCAUAUUGGAGCGCGUGGCCUUCCCGUCGACCCUCCAGAUCCAGCCGACUGAUGAUCAAGAGAGUGCCGAGAGCGCCAGCGAGACCGGUACCGGCGCCGCGAAUGGGAGUGUCUUGACCCCCAAUAGCGCAGCAAAGAAGACUGCCCGUUCAAAAGAGAAGAUGCGUGCUGCGAUGGACCAGGCACGGAGGAAUAUGGAGCAAUGCCUGAGAAUGUUGAACGAGGAUAUGAAUAAGGCUGAGACGGCAGAGGAGGCGGAAAAGUUCGGUCAGUUGUGUGUUAGAUAUGCAGAGGAUUUGUUUAAAACUCUGUGA